AUGGAAUACAGCAAACUCUCUACGUUUGAUACUCCCUCUGCACACGCCCAGAAAUCAUCUUCCGAGGAUCCUUCUUUCUCCUCUCAGCCACUUCUCAGCAAUGAAGAAGAUAUGAACCUGGACGUUGAUGGCUAUUCCCGUCAUGAUAGACGACAAAGUUUCAUUCGUGCAGUUAUAAUUCACUCACUGAUAUUUCUAACGUACACCCUUGCAUUCGUUGGUCUAAACAGUUCGUUCAGACAAAAGUCAUGUCCACCGCAACUCACAUAUUCACCCAUUCAAGGCGCCGUAUCAUACGAAAAGACUUGGUAUGACGGUAGUCUUGGUAAUCGAAACCGCUACAUAGGAGAGCCUCGUCCUGAACUUGAGGAGGCGUGGCAUGAGUUGACAGUAAACAACAAUCUCAAACUCACCCAAUCUGAACUUCAAAAGUUGAACAAGAGCGCUAUUGAACUUUCGGAUGGUUCUGGUUAUUUUGGACAGGUGAUGGUCUAUCAUCAUCUGCAUUGUUUAAAAUUUUUAAGAGAGGCUUUGUACCCCGAUGCCUAUGAAGGGUCCACGAUGGAGCAUCUUGACCACUGUGUUGAUGAUAUUCGCCAAGCUCUAAUGUGCAACCCCGACAUCUCAGCUAGCACCUUCUUUUGGGAGGACGGUGUACGGCGCCCUCAGCCAGAUUUUACGCUGUAUAAAACAUGCGUCAACUGGGAGCACUUUGAUGCCUGGGCAACUGAACGACAAUUCUCAAUGUUCGAUCAGAAAUCACUAAUCAACCCGGUAUACGCCACUGAAGAACGUCAACUCCUAGGAAUUGCUUUCCCUAUGGUCAAUGGCUCAAUUGAAUUCACCCCACCUGGACCUGAUAUGCACGUUGUGUGGCCAGAGGAAGGCCAGAUGCAGGAAGAGCUGCUAGAUACCCGUUCGCCGCCAAGUGUUUUUCAAGUACUUGUUCUAGCUAGUGGAUUUGGGACACUACAGCUUGUGUUUGCUCUCUUGGCCUCAUAUGGAUCGGCACAGCUACUAUCCGUUGGAGUCAGCCAAGCGGCAACGGGAUUGAUCUGGCUAUCUGGACCGCUUGCAGGGACUUUUAUUCAGCCUUUGAUCGGUAUAAUAAGUGACAAAUUUGGUCAUCAGAAAAUAAUUGUCGCUACCGGCGUCAUCGGUCUCGUCGUAUCGCUUUUGGGGCUUGGCUGGGCUCCAGACCUGAAAGACGAAAAGUGUGAAUUAGCUAAGGCUUUGGUGGUCCUAUCUAUAUGCACUCUAAACAUUGUUGUGCAGCCAGUUCAGCUCGGUCUACGAAUUCUGAUCAUAGAGGCUUGUCGUUUGGAACAGCAGACUAUGGUGUCUGCUUGGGUUGUGCGCAUGAUCGGAAUAGGGAAUAUUCUAGCACAGCUCGCUGGAUCAGUCGAUACGACGAUAUUGCGACCGUUCACGACGGGGAGUCAUUUCAAGGAUUUGUGUCUGCUGACGUCGAUUGGUCUUAUUAUCACUACUGUUGGUCUGGGGCUGUUUGUCGGGGUUGAGAGGACUCCCAGAUCUGUAUCCGAGAAACUGAACAUCCAGCAAAGCAGAUCCGUAGGGCUGUGGAAGGCCAUACGGACUGUUUCUCCGGGUGUACUUAGCGUUUGGAAGGUUCAGGUGUUUUCUUGGAUGGGUUGGUUCCAAUUUCUCUACUAUGUUACCAUGUACAUUGAUUAUCUUGGUUUACAUGAUCUCCUGCAGGAUUCAGCAAUAACGGACGAGGAAGCACAACGGUCCAUCAAAACGGAGUCUUUACAAUUCGGAUCCAGAGCAAUGCUUCUAAACGCCUGCGUAUCGUUCAUUUCAAGCAUGCUACUUCCCUGGCUAUUCAAAGGCAAUGGUCCGUCAGAUUUAAAGUUCAGCAAUCACAUAACGCUAUCAAAUAUCUGGAUGAUAUCCCAGGCACUGUUUGGAGCAGGCAUGAUAUGCACUUUGUGGGUAACGUCAGUUGCCGGCGCAACAUUCAUUAUCAGCAUUCUUGGCCUCAGCUGGUGCUGCACAGCCUGGAUCCCCUAUACAUUGGUGAGUACGAAACUCUCACAGGAGUCAAGGAACGCCUUACGUCCCCACAAUCCAGGUCUUAUUAUGAGCUUGCAUAAUGUGUCUAUUGCGGCACCGCAAAUUCUGGCCGCUUUGAUUGCUGGUUCAAUUUUCUGGGCUUCUCGGGACGGGGAGAACCAAGCUAGAUAUGUGCUUGCUGUAGGGGGCGUGUUCGGGCUGGGUGCUGCGUGGAUGGCAAAGAAUUUAACUAUUGAAAAGGAGUUGCAUUAG